ACAUGUCUCAAGAGAGGUCUCAAGUCAGAAUUUGGCAUCUACAGCAAAGAAAAAGACGCGGUUUUACAAAGUGCCAUCAGACUUUGGUCAGAGAUAAACCAGCUGAAAAGCAGUCACAACAUUCUUUGCAUCUUGCUGCAUUGACUUUGGAAUGUGUGUUGAAAUUUGUUUUAUUGGUUGGCCUUACAAUAGUUGUUUUUGGCUUUUCAUACUCGUUUCUUGCCUUGGAUAUCUAUGGUGGACCAGUUUUGAGCUCAGGAGAAGGUCCCAUGCAACUAAAAUGGCAUUGCUUGUACAUCCUUGUCAUUGCGAUAAAUGGUAUAACUGAAUGCUUCAUGUUUGCAACCAUGCCUCAAACAGCUGUUGAUGAAUAUAACCAAAAGAUGUUGAUUUUUUCAAUCAUGUUUCUCUUGUCCUCUUUCGUUUUUACGUAUUUUGGAGCGGUUGGUUUUAUUCUCGCCAACUGUUUGAACAUGUCCUUACGUAUUUUUCACAGCAUCAUCUACAUAAACAAAUACUUUCUCGGAACAAACCAUACACCAUUAAAAGCUCUUCAGUUAUCUAAACCAGUCGUGCUAUCUUACGCUUUUUCAUUCAUCGUAACUUACAUCUCUGAGUCAUUUUUCUGUUGUUCUUAUGGCUGGUUUUGGCGUUUUUGUCAUGUCGCUGUUGGUGGAAUUUGCUUGCUGAUUGUUGCCUUUACUGUUUAUCGCUCGGAGGAAAAACUCGUACAGUUUGUAAAAGAAAGAUUUUUUACCAAAACAGCCAAAUCCGAAUGAAAUAUUGUUAGUUUGUUGGAUAGUGCUGCAAGUUUAUGCAUUAGAAACAAUCGCUAUUUUUUCAUUCGAUACAAAAACCCUCAAUCUCUUAGACUAGAUAAAUAAUAUAGUCGUUGUUUUGAUUUUAAAAUUUUCAGUGCCAAUAGAAAUCUUGAGCAUGUUUCCCUAAUAGCGACACGAUAAGACAAAUUUUGAAUGCGAAAAAUCCGUUUUCGGUCUAUUCCUCCCGAUACCCUGGAUCAGGAAGGGCUUACAGCGUCGCAUGUUGACGUUUUGGUGAGAUAUUUGGACUCCUGCUACGCUAUCCUACUUGGUGAUGCCAAUAGCAAGCUUCAGCCCAUCAGACGAUCGUGGUAAACAGGGAAAGAAAGUGCCCUCGCGACCUACGUCUGGGCUCCUAAGCCAGUGCAACUUAAUGAUCCUCUGGAAUUGGACAUCUACUAGCAAGUAUUUAGCAUGUUGUAUACAGUUAAAUAUACACGCUUGCCCAGAUGAUUAAUUUGCGACUAAGCGAGCUAAUUACGGCUAAUUACCACAAAAAUAGUGCAAACUCAUUCAGUGCUUGUAGAUCCAGUACGUCAUUGAUAUGAAUUGACGCGACUGGACGCCAUUAUGAUAAACUGAAACAAUUAUUUAAGUCGACUGAGCAUGCACAGAUGAUGUCUUCGAUAGUAUGUGAUGAAGAUCAAAUUAGCCAAUUUAAUUACUGCAAAAGCUGUACGUACAACUGUACAUGUGUAAAAGCAAAGUAAGCAACUCAUAACCAUUGACAUUACACUGUGGACAACAAGAAAAUUGCUUACUAAAACUGCGGUUAUGUAGACUGUAUAGCUUGUGAGAGGUUUAACUAAAAAUGUUUUCAUUGCUCAUGAAGUCAAUAGAUGUUCACUUCAUAAUACAUCAUUUAAAAUUAAAUGGGAGUUACUGGAGGAAUGAAAUUAAUGUAUGAAACAUAUCUUUAUAUCAAAGCCAUCAUCAGAGAAUCAUAUUCUUAUAUGUGUAACUUUUUUGGGCAUUGCAGUUUUAAUAGCACUGUUACAUAUGCAAAAUGUAUAUUCGAUGUUUUCAUAAAGACAUGUGUUAUGUGUUGUAUGGAAAUGAUGCUUGUUACACUACUGAGUAGAACACUAAUUCGUCGGUGGAAUUAGCCUAGUGACUCAGGCAUUUUGGCAUAGAAAUAGUCAAAAGGUCAGUUUCUAAAGCCAAAAGGCCUCCUUUAUAAGUUAUUUCAACUUCCCAGGCGCUGAAAAGGUUUUUGUGCUUGUAACAAAGUUAUGUAAUAAACAUGUCUGUAACAACCUGACAAUAUUCUUUAGGCGAUAAGCGUAUAAGCGUAUACGCGACGUAAAAAUUAAUAACAUGACAAUACGUCA